AUGACCGAGGUGCUGUGGUCGGCUGUCCCCAACGGGACGGACGCUGUCUUUGUGCCCGGCCUGGGCUCUCCCUGGGGAAACAGCACAGUCGCCUCCGUCACCUCCCCGUACACAUGCUCGCUGACCAAGACGGGCUUCCAGUUCUACUACCUGCCGGCUGUCUACAUUUUGGUGUUCAUCAUCGGCUUCCUGGGCAACAGCGUGGCCAUCUGGAUGUUCGUCUUCCACAUGAAGCCGUGGAGCGGCAUCUCCGUGUACAUGUUCAACUUGGCCUUGGCCGACUUCUUGUACGUACUGACUCUGCCCGCGCUCAUCUUCUACUACUUUAAUAAGACAGACUGGAUCUUCGGAGAUGUCAUGUGUAAGCUGCAGAGGUUCAUCUUCCAUGUGAACCUCUAUGGCAGCAUCUUGUUCCUAACCUGCAUCAGCGUGCACCGCUACAGCGGCGUGGUGUAUCCGCUCAAGUCCCUGGGCAGGCUCAAGAAGAAGAACGCCGUCUACAUCAGCGUGCUGGUGUGGCUCGUCGUGGUCUUGGGGAUCUCCCCCAUCCUCUUCUACACCGGCACCCAGGUCCGGAAAAACAAAACCACCACCUGCUAUGACACCACCACAGACGAGUACCUGCGAAGCUAUUUCAUCUACAGCAUGUGCACGACCGUGGCCAUGUUCUGUGUGCCCUUGGUGCUGAUUCUGGGCUGUUAUGGAUUAAUUGUGAAAGCUUUGAUUUACAAUGACCUGGACAACUCACCUCUGAGGAGGAAAUCGAUUUACCUGGUGAUUAUUGUACUGACUGUCUUUGGUGUGUCUUAUAUCCCUUUCCAUGUAAUGAAAACGAUGAAUUUGAGGGCCCGGCUGGAUUUCCAGACCCCAGAAAUGUGUGCUUUCAAUGACAGGGUUUAUGCUACUUAUCAGGUGACAAGAGGUCUAGCAAGUCUCAACAGCUGUGUGGAUCCCAUUCUCUAUUUCUUGGCAGGAGAUACUUUCAGAAGGAGGCUCUCCCGAGCGACCAGGAAAGCCUCCAGAAGAAGUGAGGCAAAUUUGCAGUCCAAGAGUGAAGACAUGACCCUCAAUAUUUUAUCCGAGUUCAAGCAGAAUGGAGAUACAAGCUUGUGAAGAAGCAAGAAUCCCCAAACACCCACUGUUGUGACAUGGUCUCAGAAUGCCCAGCCUGAUUUUACAGUCUGUGUUAAGGACAACUGUUUCAGCUACCAGAGAACUUCUUAGGGAGUGUGGAUCCACUGAGGAGGUGGACAGUGACUAGAAAUGCCCUUUUACUUCUUGACAUGUUUUUUUUUCCAGAGUGGUUCUUCUUUAGCUUCGUACAUCACUGAGUAGACAAUAGUGACAUGUGGAUGCAUGUCAAAUAGAAACAAGAAUGAUCUCACUGACUCCUUGCAGGCCAAAAAGCUCUCUGGGAAGCGUCUGUGUUCACGGUGAAAACAUAAAGAGGGUCAGGAUGAAGCAGUGAUCUUAAAAUCUGAUUCUUGACAUGUGAUGAUAUUAUUAACUAUUUUAAUGAAAACAGAAGAAGUCUGUUGGCAUUUUGAUGAAAGAGCUGCUGAAAUCAUAGGAUUUAUCAGUUAACUAAAUUUCACAAUACAAAACUAUUUUAAUGCCAAGUUCAAGGUGUUUUUUGACACACAAAGUACAUGUUUGACACUUUGAACAUCGACAUGUUUGCAUUGCAAUGGUGAAAAGGACAAACCAAGAAGAAGUACAGUAUGAGUAGAAUUCAGAGUUAAAACCAUGACACUGCCACUCGGCCAGCUUUGGAACUGUGACCCUUUCAAGACCAUUGUUUGUAUUUUAAAAGGUUGGAUAACAUCUAGCUGUUGGGGCCUUGGGGGAUGUGGAAACAUUAGAACCACAGACAGCCAGAGGUGCAUAAAAUCUGCUGCUGUACUUUGCAGGACUCUUCAAUUCCAGUCCUUGGCUAAAGAUUCUCAUGAAAUCCACCCAUUGUGAUGUGGACCUACGACUUGUAAAUUUUCUCAGUCCCCUUCUCAGUCCCCUUCAGCAGUACCCUCAUCUGCCUUUGGAUACAAAAGAGGUCAGUGUUGAGAGCAGCUGGAAUCCAACUGGCGACAACAGAGACAUGUAACUAGUUAGAGAUCUAUUGAAGCUUUAACUUUGCUGGUCACAUUGUGGCUGUCAUAAUAGUAUUUAUUAAUGAAGCUUACAGUUCUUCAGUUGCACAGAUUGAAAGACUUUCUUGAAAGGUCCAAUAUACUGAUGUAAAUUCUAUUUAUUACAGUGUAUAAUGUUAACGUCCCAGUGGUAUAUUUUACAUAAUAUAUGAUGCAUAGAUAAGAUGAGUUAUUGUAAAUUAUGAUGCUUUUCAAAAAUUAGUAUCUUGAAAUGUUUGUCUUCAGAUUUUUUGACCUAAAGUAUGAAAAUCUGUGAUACAAGUGGUUAAUUUUUUCCAGAAAUGCUUUUGCACGUUUUUCUUUUUAUUUAAAGUUCUUUCUAUACAGACAGAAUUUGUUGUCAAACUAUCAUAAGAUCAAUUGCAAGUACAACACAUCUGUGUCUGUAUUGUCUACAUUUUAUAUAAUGUUAUAGAAAAGUUUAUAUUGCCUUUUAAGAACAUUUAGAAUUGUGCCCGCAAAUAUGAUCAGAGUUUUUAUUUCCAAAUGCAAUAUACUUGUCUUAAAUUCAAAACAGAGCUCUUACAUGUUAGAUGUCUGGUGGGAUGGGCAUGAUCAAUGUCACAUUAGAAUUUAAAGAAAAACUUUAGGGAGAUGGGGAGAGAAAGAGGCAGCUGGUGUAAUCAGUGACCGUGUUCAGUUCUUCUUAAAUUUUUGCGCCGUAUUUCUUUUUAAGGUGAAAUAGUAUAAUCUUAAUUGCUUUAAGGUGGAGUUUCUAAGUAACACACUACCAGCAAGUUUAACACUGCUAUUAAUUUUAAACUGAUUGUUCAGUUGAUAACUUUAAUUCCAAGUUUAAUAGUGAUGACUGUAUUAUUGUAUAUUUGGCUGCUGAAUUCUGUUACAUUUUUUAUUCUGUUGUACAUUGUAUUAUAUACAUAAUGACAAAUUAAUAUGAAGGGGAAUAUAUGUGACAUAUCAAAAUUUGUGAAUUUGAAUUCUAGUAUGUUUCAGUGCUUUUGCAAAAAUGUUUAUUUUUAUAUUAUCUGUGAUUUAAUGUAGAUAAUUCACUAGGUUUCCUUGUGAUCAUUAGUGCCAUUAAAUGAGCGGUAUGGAAACAGUAUUACUUGACAUUUUGUGCUUUCUCAGGUUUAUCUAAAUCAGUGGUAGCUUAACAGAUUCCCAACUAAUUGUGCACAAUUGUUUUAUUCAAAAGGAAUGUACAUUUCCUAUAUGUUUGCAUGCAGGAGUGUACAAUACCGUGUGUGUGUGUCCAAGGCAUGGCGGCCGACUUUGCAUCUGCUAUUCGUAAUAACAGCAGAGCCUGCAUAUAAUCGCAGUCACUAGAACUGUACCUACAAUAGACAACUACAACUAAAAA